CCAAUUUUCUGGGAACUUCACUGUUAGGCCAUGGUUCUUAUCAACUUCUGCUUGACUGCUGUGAUACAUGGUUUUCUACUCCAUCAUCCUCCUUCCACUCAUGAUGCUGUAGAUGUGUUUUUUAAUUAUUAAACAAAACCAAAUGACUUUCCAAUUUUUUAUUAAUUGAAAGAAAUAAUUUACCCUUUCUUCGUUAUUAAAUUCAACUCAUACUUUCAAAAGUAAAAAUAAAAAAGAUAAAAUAGACACGGUUUAAAAACAGGAAGUUGUUUGAGAAUUGUCUUCUAAGCUCGAAAAAUAGUUUUUGGGAAUUUGUUUUGGAAAUAAGGUUUUCUGGAGAAUGUAUUUUAAUGAGUUUUAGUUAUUUUUAUUUUUAUUUUUUAGGUUAUUUUUAAAAAUCAUUAUGUAAAUACGAAUAAUUAUUGAAAACAAAGUGUUGUCAAAGUUAAUAUGUAAUAAGUAAAAUAUUUUUGAAAGACACCUUUAUUUUGAAUAAUAUUAAUUCUUAAAAUUAUUUUGAAAAAUAGACUUGCUUCACUGUGAUUUAAAAAUAAUUUUUUAUCUUUUAAAUAUAGUUUUUAAAAAGUUUUAAUAUUGUUUGAUAGUUGUUAUUUUUUAAUAAUUAAAAGAAAAUGUGAAAUAAAAAAUAAUUUUUUGAGGAUAAGUAAAAAUUAUUUUCACCAAUUUUUAAAAGCAAAAAAAAAAAAGAAAAAAAAAAGAAUCAUUUGAUCAAAAAAUAAUUUUUAAAAACAAGUUUCGAAACCGCUAUUAUUUUUUAAAAACUAUUUUCUCCACAGUGUUUACUUUCCUUGGUAACAUAUAAUUUUCUUUGAGAUAAAAUAGGAGCCAAAAUAAAGCCCAGAUAAAAAUGUUCCGAUAUUUCGCUUUUUGCGGGUAGACCGUAGAGAGGGGAAAGACAUGUGGGGAGGCAUUUGCCAAGUGAUAGAAUGAAAGCCAUUGGAGUGACGAAGAAGCGGGUGGUUAAAAACCGGUCGACACAUUAGACAAGAAGUUCGCGGGAAGGCUCAUCACUCCCGCUCAAUACCCAGUUGCAGACUUGCAGUCAGGCAGUCUCCAUUAGAGUGCUUCAUCAUGGCUCUUCAAUCUACCUUUUUUCCCUACUCAUACAAACUUUGUUCUAGAAAAACGCCCUUAUCCCCAUUCUCAACCACCCGUUUCUUCUCAAUUUGCAAUGCUCCAAUCUGCACUGGUUCUGGCACGUUGAAGCUAUCAACACCCAGGUUGGGAAGAGUUGUUUCUGCUGUAGUUUCUGAUAGAGAUGCAGUGGGUUCGAGUUUUUCUGGGACUGAUGUGUUUAAACUCACUUACUUGGAGGGAAAUAGUUGGUUGUGGGAUGUUGGUGGGCUGAACAUUUUGGUUGAUCCAAUCUUGGUGGGUAACUUGGACUUUGGAAUUCCAUGGCUUUAUGAUGCUGCCAAGAAGUUCUUGAAGAAUUUCCAGCUUAGUGAACUUCCUGAAGUUAAUUGCUUACUGAUUACACAAAAUUUCGAUGAUCACUGCCAUUUGAAGACCUUAAAACCCCUCUCUGCAAUGUACCCAGAUCUCAGAGUCAUAUCAACCCCCAAUGCUAGGGAAAUGUUGGAUCCCCUUUUUAGCAAUGUCACGUAUCUGGAACCUGGUCAGAGCUCAAAUAUUGAAGCAGGAAAUGGUUCUAAAGUUCAAAUUCAGGCUACUGCAGGGCCAGUUCUUGGCCCUCCUUGGCAGCGCCCUGAGAAUGGGUAUCUUGUCAUUUCUCCACAAGGCUUGUUACGUCUUUACUAUGAACCCCACUGUGUAUACAACAAGAGUCUUCUGGAGAAGGAACAUGCUGACAUUGUCAUUACACCAGUUAUAAAACAGCUUCUCCCUAACUUUACUUUGGUUUCAGGACAAGAAAAUGCAGUUAAACUUGCAAAGCUGCUCCAUGCCAAGUUUAUCGUGCCAAUGAAAAAUGGAGAUCUUGAUAGCAAAGGGCUUCUUGCAAGUAUAGUUCAGUCUGAAGGGACAGUUGAAUCAUUCAAGGAACUUUUGCACAAGGAACUACCAGAUGCUCAGAUAUUAGAGCCAACCCCUGGUGUACCAUUAGAAAUUUCACCUCCUUCGGAUCUUCCAUAGUGCAUUGUAGCCUAUGCACCAACACGGAUAUAUCUGUAGUUCAGUUAGUUGAUUGAAGAUCUGUUUGUUUUACAUAGUAUUAUUUGAUUAUUUAUUUUUGGCCAAAAAUAAUAAGCAAUAUGAGCUGAAAGAAUCAGGAGCCCCCAAAUAUCAAGUAGACUCAGAUUCUGGGUUUUGUGCU